AUGGAAGGAAUUUUGUGGAAAUGGACUAAUUAUUGGAACGGAUGGCAGACGAGAUGGUUCGUUUUAAAAAAUGGAAUUCUCUCUUAUUAUAAAUCGCAAGAUGAAGUCAACCAAGGUUGUAAAGGCUCUCUAAAAGUACAAGCAUGUGAAAUCAACGUCAACCCUGUUGAUACAACACGAAUGGAUUUGGUUAUUCCUGGUGAACAGCAUCUCUACCUACGAGCAGCCACGUCUCAAGAAAGGCAACAAUGGUUGGUAGCUUUAGGUAGUGCGAAAGCAUGUAUAGAAGGCAAAGAAAAAUUAUUUGAAUCUAAUCCGGACACUUUGAAAUCAAAGAAAUGUGAAUUACGAUUAUAUUGUGAUCUACUGAUGCAACAGGUUCACAUAAUUAAAUCGUCCACACAAGAUCAAAAUCGGCCUAAUAUUGAAGAAGUGGACGAGGCUACUAGAUCAUUAGGUGCAACAUGUGAUACAUUCAUUAAAACCCUCGAAGAAUGCAUGAAUCUAUCGAAUAUAGAUGUAAAAAACCCGUCGACUCCAAGUUGUGAUAAUUCAUUUCCAUUGCCAAAAACAAUUCCAUCCAAUAGAAAGUUA